AUGCCGGGGGAAGUCAUCACAAAGUCUCUGUUUCUCCUGUCGUCCAUGUCCGAGGGCUGUGUGAAUCGGUUGUGGAAGCAGAUCUUGUGGAAGCUCUUGAAAAGUUUGGAACCAUAUGCUAUGUCAUGAUGAUGCCAUUUAAGCGCCAGGCUCUGGUGGAGUUUGAAAAUGUAGAAAGUGCGAAGAAAUGUGUAACGUUUGCAGCAGAUGAACCUGUAUACAUUGCUGGACAGCAAGCCUUUUUCAACUACUCGACAAGUAAGAGGAUUACUCGGCCAGGGAACACUGAUGACCCAUCGGGUGGAAAUAAAGUUCUCCUGUUGUCAAUUCAGAAUCCUCUCUAUCCAAUUACAGUGGAUGUCUUGUAUACUGUGUGUAACCCUGUUGGAAAAGUUCAGCGCAUUGUUAUAUUCAAGAGAAAUGGAAUACAAGCUAUGGUUGAAUAUCCUUUUGAGUGUGUGUUUUGUGCCCAGAAGGCGAAGGCUGCACUCAAUGGAGCAGAUAUCUAUGCAGGAUGCUGCACACUGAAAAUUGAAUAUGCAAGGCCAACUCGACUUAAUGUUAUUAGAAACGACAACGAUAGUUGGGACUACACUAAACCAUAUCUGGGCCGACGAGACAGAGGGAAGGGCCGCCAGAGGCAAGCUAUUUUGGGAGAGCACCCAUCAUCAUUUAGACAUGAUGGUUAUGGUUCGCAUGGUCCUUUGUUGCCCUUGCCGAGCCGGUACCGAAUGGGAUCUCGAGACACUCCAGAACUUGUUGCUUAUCCAUUGCCCCAAGCAUCCUCCUCUUACAUGCAUGGUGGAAAUCCUUCUGGGUCAGUUGUCAUGGUUAGUGGGUUGCAUCAGCUAAAGAUGAACUGUUCAAGGGUCUUCAACCUGUUCUGCUUGUAUGGAAACAUUGAGAAGGUGAAAUUUAUGAAGACUAUUCCAGGCACAGCACUGGUUGAAAUGGGUGAUGAGUAUGCUGUAGAAAGAGCUGUCACACAUCUCAACAAUGUGAAGUUGUUUGGAAAGAGACUUAAUGUCUGUGUUUCCAAGCAGCAUUCAGUAGUUCCAAGCCAGAUAUUUGAACUGGAGGAUGGCACGAGUAGUUACAAGGAUUUUGCAAUGAGUAAGAAUAAUCGCUUCACCAGUGCUGGCCAAGCAUCUAAGAACAUCAUCCAACCACCCUCUUGUGUACUGCAUUAUUACAAUGUUCCGCUGUGUGUAACUGAAGAAACAUUUGUAAAGUUAUGUGAAGAUCAUGAAGUUCUCAGCUUUAUUAAAUACAAAGUGUUUGAUCCAAAACCUUCUGCCAAAACACUCUCUGGUCUGUUGGAAUGGGAAUGUAAGACAGAUGCGGUGGAAGCUCUCACUGUACUUAAUCACUACCAGAUAAGAGUCCCGAAUGGCUCCAACCCUUACACCUUGAAGCUUUGCUUCUCUACUUCAUCCCAUUUAUAGACAAGAGGACAGCAUGUUAAGAGCGACCUUCACCUUGAUUUGCAAGUUUAAAACUACACGUCAUUCACAAAGCUCUAAAGUGGUUGUUCUAAUGUUGCCUUGUUUCAACUUAAUUCUAAUAUCUUUUAUCUUGUUUUAUAAUAAAUGGAUGUUCCUUCAUAAAUAC